AUGGCCGACGCCGACCUUUUCGACGUCCUGAUCGUCGGCUCCGGCAGCGCCGGGCUGACCGCGGCGCUGUGGCUGAUAAUCUACAACACGACACACCCACGACAACAGAUCACAUUCAAGAUCCUCGAGCGGCGCGGCGGCCCCAUGGCCAUCGGGCAGGCGGACGGGGUCCAAUGUCGCACAGUCGAGAUUUUUGAAACUCUCGACCUGUCCGAGGACCUGCUUCGCGAGGCGUACCACGUUCUCGAAGUCGCCUUCUGGAGCCCCGACGGGCAAGGCGGGAUCCGUCGAAGCAAUCGCGCCGCCGACACAGCCAAGGGUCUGAGCCACAUGCCGCAUCUCAUCCUGAACCAGGCGCGGGUAAACGGCCUGCUGCUGGAGAAGAUGAAGAAGCUGGGCGCUGGGAGGGGCGAGGAAGUGAGUUACGGCUGGACGGUGAAGAGCGUCAGUCUAGACGAAGAGUUGGCCGAGAUGCAUGCAGCCAGUUAUCCUUGUACGGUUGUUGCGGUGCGGGACGAGGAUGGGAAGGAAGAGAUUUUCCGGUCCAAAUAUGUCUUGGGAUGUGAUGGAGCUCACAGUGUCGUGCGCAAAUCGCUGGGCUACAAGAUGGUUGGGGACAGCACCGACGCCGUCUGGGGAGUGAUGGACAUCUAUCCACAAACCAACUUCCCCGACAUCCGCCGUAAAGUCACCGUCCACUCCGACUCGGGUUCCCUCUUGGUCAUCCCUCGAGAAGGCGGCUCGCUAACCCGUUUCUACAUCGAAUUCCCCACGGGCACAAACGUCAGGGAAAUCAAACUCGAAGACCUGCACAAGAAAGCACAGCAAAUCUUCCACCCGUACAAGAUGGACUUCGCGGACACUUACUGGUGGUCGUGUUACUCGAUCGGCCAACGGCUCGCGGAUCACUUCACCAAGUCUAACCGGGUAUUUUUGACUGGCGACGCAUUUCAUACCCAUUCGCCAAAGGCCGGACAGGGGAUGAAUGUCUCCCUGCAAGACGGCUUCAACAUCGGCUGGAAACUCGGUCACGUCUUGACGGGACAGGCGACUCCAGACCUGUUGCAAACGUACAGCAUUGAGCGCGGCAAGACGGCCGCCGACCUGAUCGACUUUGACCGGUACUUUAUGAAGCUGUUCGCGAGCAACAAGGCCAACAACGAGAAGAAGAUCACCCCCGAGGAAUUUCGCGAGGGUUUCAUCAAGUCCGGGCGGUACACCGCGGGCUUGACUUCGAAAUAUGAGGAUUCUGCCGUGACCUCCAGCGCGGGCAGUACGCAGGAGCUGGCAAGGGAGAUUGUGGUCGGCAUGAGAUUCCCCGGGGCGCAGGUCGUGCGGUUCUGUGAUGUCAAAGCCGUGCAGCUCGCCGGGGCCUUGAAGGCAGAUGGUCGGUGGCGCGUCAUCUUUUUCGUGGGCAGGAUUGAAGACCCAAAGAUGCUCCCGAGAUUGAAUCAGAUCGCAGAAUACAUGCAAUCUCCCGGCGGUCCCGUGCGGAAGUACACCCCCGUGUCGGCGGACAUCGACAGUUUCAUCGAGCCCAUCGUGGUCGCCACUGGCGCCCGCGUACAGCUCGAGCAGGAGCAGAUCCCGGACUAUUUCUGGCCCGUCACCGGGAAGUGGAAGAUGAGAGAUCUCCACAAAGUCUUCGUUGACGAUGAGCAUUACAACUCAGGCAAUGGCCAUGCUUAUGAGAAGUACGGCAUUGAUCCGGACAAAGGAGCCACUGUCAUUGUGCGCCCUGACCAAUAUGUCUCCAAAGUGAUCCCCAUCGACGAUACCCUAGGGAUCGGCCAAUUCUUCGACGGGUUUUGCGUCUCCAAGAAAGAGCAGAAUGGCCAUCUGUAG